CAUCUCACAAUGAAACUGUUUCCCGCCAGAAGUCUCCGAGCGGGCGACAUUGCUAAAUCUAUGACGUUACCUCUCACUGAUAUUUACUUUAAUGAUAUUGUACUCUUGGAGGUUUUCUUUGAGGGCUAUAUUUAACAGUCACUUCAUGACUGGUCCCUCGCGAAACUAGUUAAUAGAGACCUUUAGAUUCGAGGUCGACAACGACGACGGGUACGAGAUGUGACUUAAAGUUUAUUUCGCGUAUUCUCAAAAUGUAGACUCCCCGGAAAGCUUCAUUGUACUUUUUUUUUUCAUUAGAAAAGAUAGCACUGUUAUCUGUAUUAAAGGAGGUUACGCCCUCUCUCGAAAUGAUAAAACUUCUAACAUUAGAUAACUCGUUUCCGCCAUUACGAUAUUCUCGGUAAGACUCGUAGUAGAAUGACGACAGCAAUCACGUUUUCCCGCCAAAAUGACGCCAGUUAAGGCGCGCGCGCACUACUUAGUAGGGAGCUUAAGCAACGACGACGGUGACGGCAUCGAGAACGUCAAAAUAGUAAUAGGUUUAGAUUGGCAAAACAACAACUCUGCACGUGUAUCACACUUUUUUGUACAUUUCUUUGCCGUCACUGCACUACUACGGCGUGAAAAUGCCUAAUUUCACGUUUCAUGGAGGACGUAAACAAGCGACGACGAAUUUUUCUUUCUCUUUCAAAACUUAAGUGUGGUCCCCAAGAACUCAACUCCAGGGAAAUUCUCUGACAUUUGACAUUGCCGGCGAAUUGGAAUGUACACGACAAAGUUUGAAAAAACGCGAAAACAUUUUUAAAUUGACGUUUUCGCUGCCCGUCGCCGUCGUCGAUGCCAAAGCUCCCUAAUAUUGAGGAAAUCGCGUCCUCAUAGCCGUACUCGUCUUAGAAUCUAAAGCUCUCUAAUUUUGCUCUGACCGAGACCAGUCAGUAAUUAUUAUUAACUACUCACAGCAGUCAGUCGAGAAAAAAAGGUAUUGAUAUUGUCAAAAAGUUGCCAAUAAACUAGAAUCAGAAGGAGGUCAUAAUUUAUCAAAAUGGAGUUAAUGAAUUUAAAACAUGUAUUUCUUCUUUUCAAUGUAUUCCGUUAGAUUAUUUUUGAAACUGUCUUUACCAUCUUUUUUGUCCCCUCACCAUUGUUAAAUGUGUUACUUUUAAACAGCCCCAAGUUCUGGGCGAAUUUAACUAAUCCGCUAUUAGCUGGAAUUCAGGCUGAAGUUGAAGAGGUUUGUUUUUAUAAUUAGUGUCUGCUUGUAUCAAUUUGUAACGCGAAAGUUUUUGAAUGUAAAAAUGAAGGGUAAGCGUGAGCUCCACGCGAAUCCCGUCAUGAGAUCCUGUCUGUUUGCGUUAUGAUUACUAAAGGCUGGUUUUCAUUAGCGACGGAGUUGGAGUUGGAGUCGUAAGCGGAGUCGUAAGAGCGCCUGUGACCUGGUGAAAAUCAACAUCGGAGUCGUAAGUUAGCGGAGUCAUACACGCGACGGAGUCGGAGUCGGAGUUUCUUCCGAUUCCGCUUAUGACUCCGUCGUUUACGAUGUAGUGAAAACCAGAUUGUCGGAGUCGGAAGCAGAAGCGGAAGGACAAACCGAUCACAAUGCACGUUCCCACGCUUUGUGAUUUGUUUGCUUCCUUUGCUUCUGCUUGUGACAACGACCACCCAGUUUUCACUAGAUCGUAAAGUUCUACGCUUCUGAUUACGACUCUGACCCCGACUCCGACUUCGUCGCUAGUGAAAACCAGCCUUAAUCAUAUCGAUUAUUUAACUCACAGAACUACAAUACAGAAGCAAAACACACUCAGCUUUUUAAUGGCUGAAGACUUAGCAACUCAUCCUGCUAUUUAUUGCAGUACAGAAACACUACCAAGUCUAAUAAACAAGGAUAAGUUGCAGAUUCUUAACUUUGAAAAUCAUACUUUUAGCGCUAUCGCUGCAGUAUGGGGAAACGACCCUUGCCUGAGUUAGACAUCUAUUUCUCUCCAAAUCUUCGCAUUACAGAGCGGAUUAUUUAGGACAAAUGUUUAACUAUGACAAGAAGAAAUUAAAGCGUCAUUCCUGUCAAUGCAUCUUACCAUAUUACACCGAUGGUCCGAUACUUACGCUUUCUCUUCCUUACAGGAUUACAGAUAUCAGUUGGAGAUUUGUUGCUAUGCACUGCAGAUUUUAGCUCUCGAGGCUUAUUAUGUAACAAGGUAAUAUCUAUGGUUCAAGUGCCAGUUUGUCUUUUGUUGUGAUUUUGAAAGUAUUAGUGACUCUUUUGCUGAUUUUAUUGUUUUUACGUAACCAUUUUUGAUAAACGCAAAGACAAAUAAAACUUGCUGAAUAGGUCAGUGGUAACCCCUCAGUGCUCGAUAACCUAGUACCACAGGAUUCCCAAGAUUAGGACUUGCAUUCUUCUUACGUCGAACGCAAUAAUUAAAAAAAUGAAGCAAUAUUACAACUCACCAUAUUACAACAAUAGUUAUUAUUCAUCACGUUAACAUUAUAGUUUUUAAUGUUGUUUUAUUUUUCACUUCAAUAGAGGCCAAGUUGAUGAGAGCCUAAAGACCUCCAUGAAAGCAUUUUGUUCAAAAAAGAGAUACGAGUACUGGGGCAGGGUAAGUACACGAAUCUGCUGUCGUGUUCUACCUUUAAAAAGUUCGACUUUUCUUUUCACUUACGUCGGGAAUGGACUAAAGUCCAGAACACGGAACACUCCGCAAUACCCUCCCCCUCCCCCAAACAUCCCCGAAACACCCCUGGAAUCCUCCGGAACUUCCCAAACCUGUACGCAGAUGUUUUUUUCUUUCCGAAAAUCGACCAGCGCGCUAGUGAAACGAGCGAGCGAGGAGCGAGCGGACGAGGGCCAACCCCCUUGCGAUUGACGUCAAUAAAUCCCCCGUGGUGUUUAUUUUCAUACGAGUGCUCGACGAUCUUUAAAGAGAAAAUUUGGGGUCUGUGAUCAGGCUAGAACUCCCCCGGAACUCCCCAGCAAAACCUUGCAAUGGGUAAUGAAAAAUAUAAACAGAAGGGUUUAGGCUAAUCUGUAAAACAUUAAAUGUCCUUUCUGACUUAUUGUUAGAUGUUCUGGCAUAUUCCUAGUGACAGUAUUCAGUAUAUGCAUUAAUUUUGUGAUGGACUCUUUCAGUUCCUCAAAUCCUCGGAGCCUUUUGUCGCUGAGGAAGAGAAUAAAGCCCAACUUGAACAGUUUGAAGAAGAAAAAGUGAAACUGCUAAAAGCGUGGAGAACGUUUCUGGUUGUGUGUUCUUCUUAUCAGGUUAGAGAUGUGAAAAGACACAAACGUCACUUGUUUCACUUCUUCACUGAAUUUAUUAUAAAUGUUUGAAGGUUCUUCGAACUGCAGGCCUGCGGCGAGACUACCCCCUUGCACUGGCGGUCAAUAAAUCCAACCCGCAUUUUUUUUUUUAUGACGCGCGCUCGACGGACUUUGAAGAGAAAAUGGAGGGUCUGUGACCAGGCUAAUCCUAUCUUAGCAACACUUCGAACGCUUCUCAACAGGGAGCUUAAGUCAGUAACCACGACGAUGACUGCGACGAAAACUUCACAUAGGCCUUGUUUACAAGGAGCUAGGGUUAUCCUAGCAAGCGGGUUAAAGUUAGCUCUAGUUUACAAGCAAAUAUACAGGUAGGGUUACCCUAUCGCCCGGGUAAACUUUACCAGCUUUGCUCAAAAUUUGAAAUAAUCUUGAAGUUCUCUAUGGAAGACACGUUAAAUUCACGAGAAAAGGGAAAAUAUUAUCAUCGUAGACAGAAAAUAACUUUUUAUUUUUCAGAUGUUUAUAAUUAAGUUCAGAAAUUGGAUAAUGCCCUUCAAAUUGGCACGAUAGUUUGUCACGCAUGACGGCCGAAAGUUGACCCGGGCAGGCGAGUUAUCCCUAGCAGAGCGUUUGCAAGGCAGGUAGGGUAACCCUCUUGCUAGGGUAACCCUAGCACCAGGGUCACCUUCCCUUCUUGCAUGUAACCAGGGCCUUAAAAAGAAAACUCGCGCUAUCUUAAACUUCAUCUUUCUUCUUUCAUCUCGUCUAAUUUGUGUAAUGCUGGCGAAUUUUUCUCGAGUUAAAUUCUAAAGCGCUCUAUCUAGGUUCAGAAAAAAUGGGAAAUCGUCUUGGGUUUGUGUCCUCUAAUCAAAUAACUUGAAAUUAGGAAGAUUCACGCCGUAAUGGUGAAACGACGGCAAAAAAAAUGUACAAAAAAAAACGUGAUGCACGCGCAAAGUUGUUCCUUUUUGUCGCUCUUAUUGCCGUCGGGUCGCCAUCGUGGUUGCGAAAGCUUCUUACACACGUCAUCUUUAAGUAAGUUCAUUAUGUUUUUGUCAUGACGUUUAUUUUUACAAACAUUUCUUUUUCUUUGAAGACCGAGAUGUUUGGUUUGAAUGAUACUGCUGUAAGAAAACUCAUCUUGGAUGAUAUUCUACAAUUGCUGAAGUCACAGGUACAAAAAUAUCCAGUUACUGUAAAUUUUCACGCACUCUUUCAGAUAGCUUUUCGUGCCCACACGAAGGGCUAUCUGGUAUGAUAUGAACACCUAUCCGUUAGGUGACUCUCCACUUUAGAGAUCGGUGCGGUGUAGCUUCGCUCCGUUACAGAUGUCGCGCGGAAAUCACCGUUCUUAUGUGUGAACAGAAGCCCUAUCCGGUGUGGUGUUCAUACCGGUGCAAAAGCUUUUCGGUACAGUGUAAACAUCGCCUCAUAGGAAGCCAGGUAGCCUGAGUACCAAGCGUUUCUGUGCGGAGUAGGAGCAAAGAACGAGGGACGGAAGUCAAAGACCACGCGAAAAAUGGCGCCGGCAAAAAUUCCUCGGUCUUUCUUUGCUCCGAAACCAAACGGAAACGCUUGCUACGCAGGCUAGAAGCCAGGGUACUUCAUACGAAUCAGAGGAGACUAGAAUGUUCGACUAAUUGACAGAUGUCGGAGCAAAGGAAUCCCAAAUGUUCUCCUUACUAAUUUCAAGACCCCAAGUUUUGGUCAGACUGGAAAUCGAACUCGGACCUUUUGCUCCGAAUUCUGGUAUCCCAUUACCUUAGCUAGCCAGUCGGCGGUAGUUAAGAUUUGGAAGCACAUACAAUCCUAGACCCUUAGUGGAAGAUUCUCGAUUUGCUCUUCUUCUUAUACAUUGCAGGUUUCCAGAAGAGUUUCAUUAGAGAGUAUUAAUGCCGCUGGCGAAGUUUGCAGCAUGUUUUUAAUGCUUCUCAAGCGAUGGAAGAGGUAAGUACAAGAAUUAAAGGAACUUGAUUGACAAAGCAUGAGUAUCAGCUAGUAAGGCGCAAAACCACUAAAAGCCACGUCUCUGUUGUCCUCUUGUGUGAGGAGGACAAAUGGGGAAUCGCGUCAAACCUUUGAAGUCGCCAAUGCCCGACUUUCUUAGCCUGUUUCAGGCGUUCAAAUUGUAGAGCGCGGUGGUCAGAUGGUGGGGAGCGAAAUAAAAUUAUUGUUCACCGCGAAAACGGGCGGGGGGGAUUCUCCCCUCAAUUUUUUUUCUUCGCGAAUUUUUCUCCCGCGCUCUACUGCCUGAACGCCUGGAACAGGGAGGAACUUCGGGACUAGUCAGUCUCGUUUUUUCUCGUCAAACUGGUUUUCCGAGUGCCAGCAUCCGUUUAUUGUUACAUUGAUGUUCAUAACUGAGCUCGUUGUACCAAGCGCAGGGCAAUUUAACCUGAGUUCGAAACUGUAUCCGAGCAACAAGCAGUGCACAUGCUCAACAAAGAUCUUAUUUGAUUAAAGCAGAGUCUUGCUUGAGUACAUCGAAAUCAAGAAAGUGAAAUACAAGGUCUGUUAGCAGGGUGUACUUUUUAUGCACUGUUACGUCAUUCCUCGAAUCGAGACCUGGGAUGACAAAAUACAGUGAUUUUGUAUGAAAUUACAGUCAACUCCCGAAAACUCGAACCAUAGUUAAUUAAAGUGGAAUGGUUGGAAAACCCUUUGUUAUAGGUUUUUGUUAGGUUUUUUGGACCUGACCGUGCACAACGUUCAAUAGCAUUCCUAUCAUUUUGAAGUUAUUGACCAAUAGAAACAUUGCGUUAAUUUAUUCAGUCAUAAUUUGUUAACAGAAAACAAAGGAUUGUGCACGGUCAGGGAGAUUCCAACAUAACCUACAGCACCAUUGUUUUCAACUUUGAUUUUUUCCGGGUUUCCUAACCAGUCUCCUCUAAAAACUAUGCCCGAACUUUCGACGGAAAUCGAAAAGAGUUUGAGUUAUCAGGAGUUCGAAGCAAAUAACCGGAAAUAAGGAAAUAAGCUUAUGGAUGGGGAGGGAAUGCAAGUAGCAUGCACACUUAACUUCAAGAGUAGCAAGAGAUAUAGAUUGAUAUUUUUGAUAUUUCAUCGGUUCGUCGCAGCAGUUAUCUAAGGUUACCAUGGGUUCAAUUAAAGUUGGUGACUGUGACAUUCAACCCCUUAAGCAUGUUAGAAAUCUUGGCACAUGGUUUGAUAACCAUAUGUCUAUGAAUACUCAUAUAGGAAAGGUAUGUAGUAAGGCAUUUAGGGGGCUUUAUAAUAUUAGGCAAAUUAGGAAAUAUCUGUCUGCAGAAUCAACAAAGUGUUUAAUUCAUGCGUUUGUUACAUCACAUUUAGAUUAUUGCAACGCUCUUUUGUAUAAGCUUCCGCAAUAUCAAUAUGACCGACUUCAAAAAGUUCUUAAUGCGGCGGCUCGGGUUACAUGCUUAAUUCCUAAGUUUGCCCAUAUUACUCCGGUACUUAGGGAACUUCAUUGGUUGCCAGUGAAAUUUAGAGUAGAAUUUAAGAUUGCGCUUUUAGUUUUUAAAACGUUGAACGGCCUGACGCCACAAUAUUUAUCUCAACUACUUGUUGUAAAGCCUAGAACUAGAUACAUUCUGCGGUCUGAUUCUGAAACAUUGCUUGUAAUCCCUAAGGUGGCACGGAAGACUUUUGGCGAUUGAGCCUUUUUCCAUGCUGGACCAACAGUAUGGAAUGCUUUGCCAUCUAGCCUUAGAAACUGUAGGAACAUUGACUCUUUUAAAGUACAGUUGAAGACUUAUCUUUUUAAGAAAGCUUUUAAUUUGUAAUUUUAUAUUCUUAUUGCUAUUAUUAUUUCUGUCCAUUUAUUAUAUAUAUAUAUAUAUAUAUAUAUAUAUAUAUAUAUAUAUAUAUAUAUAUAUAUAUAUAUAUAUAUAUAUAUAUAUUUUCUUGUACAUAUUGUAAAGCCCUUUAGAAUAUUUUAAUAGUUAAAGCGCUAUAUUAAAUGUAAUAAAUUAUUAUUUAUUAUUAUAAAAGGAUUUAGGCAACAAAGCUUGAUUAAUAUACAGGGCUGGACAUUGAAUUUGAGCUGCAGAAACAGAAAAGUGAAGACGAAGAAUUGACACCGUUGUCUUGGAAUAAAUUCAAUGUUUCGGACUUCAUUACAAUGUUUUAUUUUCCGACUUGUCACACCCUUAAAACAUGGUUCGAGUUAUCGAGGGUAAAGUUUUAUAGAAAUUAUCUGUAAGGAAACAAAAAUUACCUCGAAUUAGCGGAAGGUUCGAGUUACCGCGGGUAAAAAUUCCAGU